AUACUUGAAUCCAGGGAUUGAUUGAUUGAGGGAGAGAGACAGAGAGAGAGGGAGGGAGAGGGAUUCAGGUCUCAGAGUUGAUUCCGAAAUCGGUGCCAUGAUGGAGAUGGGCCUCAUUAGAUUGUGAAGAAGUUAGUGCUGAUUCCAAAAUUUAUGAAGUAAACUCUGAGUCUGACCGAGGGAACUUACCAAACUUUGGAAAUCACCAUCUCCUUUUCUUUUCCUUUUUUUUUUUUUUGUGUUCAAAUUAUUUUGCUUGUUAAUAUUUUAUCUCAAGUUUUCAAUUUUAAUUGUUGAUAUGAUUGGAGGAAAAAUAUAUGCUGUUGCACAUCUUCUAAUGUACAACCAUGCCUAAUUAGUACAUAUUAAUGUUUGUUUGAAAGGGGAAAAAUUGAGUAUACAUAGUGCACAAAGUGGUUGCUCGAGGGUUGAACCCAUAAUCUCAAGAGGAAUGGCAAUGGAAAUAUCCUCAAAUGAUAAUUCACAGCAUUUAACUGUUUCUUCCAAUGAUGUUGACCAUCACCAUGACAAUAUGGUUCCUGAUGUUGCAGAUCAAGGAGGAAUGGAAUACAAGCAUGAGAUUGGCGAAGAAGAAGCCAGAACUAUACUUGAAGUUAUUGCUUCAACUGGGAAAUUUUGCUCUUCUCAGCUUUAUAGAAGGUCCUUCUUUUACCCUGCAGAGGCUUUGUGAGAUCCUUUUGAGUGCGAGAAGCAUUUAUCCAAAUCUCUCGAAACUUGCUCUAGCACUAGAAAAGAAUUUGUUGGUGACAUCUACUCUGACAAUCUCUGCUGAUCCAUAUCCACCUGCAAUGAUGCAAAAACCCGAGGAAAUUGACAAAAGAGAUGAGGAACCUCAGGAAAGAGGUGAGGAACCUCAGGUGGCCUCUAAUCCGGUAGAAAAUGGGGUUGAACAUGUAAUAGGUGGCAAUGAUGAAGUAACAACAGAAGUAGAGGAAGCUGAUGUUAAUGAUGAUAUGACAAUUGACAUGGAAGUUUUUGAAGAAAUAGUUGGAUCAUCAGAAUCUAAUUCUGUUCCAACUACUGGUUCUUAGCCUCCUGAUGGCCAAACUUGGCAGUACAGAAGUACUCAUAGGUCCAUGUGUCUUCUCUGAUAGGGAACCGUUGAGUUUUAAUUUCGGCUUAGAUCCAUAUAUUCUGAUUCAAAAUUUGAUUACUUUUCCGAUUUCUCAAUUAUAAGGGAUAACUGUACCGUGUUACCUUAAUAGAUAACACUUUGGUACAGCCUACUUAUAUUUCAAGCUUGGAUGCUAUUUUUUUGUCUUGGCGUUACCUUUCUAGUGUGGAACUUCGUUCAUGAAUUUAUUUGUAAGCUUACUAUUAGUUUCCUUUAACCCUCCAUUGGAUCACGGUUUAUGAUUUGCAUUUUCA